AUGCCCGUUCGGCACGACGGGGAGAGGUUCACCGGCGCCAGACCAGUUCUGGUGUCCGUUGGAUUUCGCCCCGACGACAUCGAGACGCAGGAGAGGACAGAAUCUGGCCCCACGACCGCCGAGGAACUGUCCAUCCUGAAGACGGCGACUCUCUCCUCCAGCGAGGUUUCGGGCACCGUUUCCUUGCUUAGUGUCGCCGCGGACAACAGCUCCUUUCUCGCUCUCAACGACUUCGUCAUCAACGACGCCUGUGACGAUGCCGAGAUCCGGCUGCAGGAAGCCGGGUUCACGUCCGGCACGACUAGCGGUGUCGUCGUGGUGCCUUUGACGGCCGACACAGCGAGUGCCGUGGAGUUGGAUUUCACGGAGCCUCUCGAUGAGGAUUUCGAGGCAGAGCUUUUCGACCAGGUCGCCCUGUGGUGCGGAGGGGCGCAGCUCGGCGACGCCGUGGACCUCGUCACGCCCACCACCGUGGGGGACGGCGGGCCGCUUCUGCUGCGGGAGGCGGUCAUGUCGGGGACGUCCAGCUACACGGUCGAGGGGAUGGUGCAGAUCAUCGGGUCGGGCUCCAUCGUCGACGACGCGUUGGUCACCACGUACUCCUUGAGGUUCCAGGACAUCGAGGUAUCGUCGGGCCCGGACGUAUUCCUGUACCUGACGGCCGACUUCGACGACCCUGAAGACGUGGACUCGGAGGGGUCUCUCAGGGUCGAGCUGGACGGCACGGAACGCGGGACGUUCUCCUUCACGGGGAACUUCACGGAUGCCGUUCCGGAAGGCUUCAUUUCUCCGGAAGAUUACGCGGCGGCAGUCGUUUGGUGCGACCAGUUCAGUGUCUUCUUUGGAAGCGGGCUGUUCGAGGAUGUGGCAUGAUGAUGUUUUUUUAUUUGGGGGGGGGGGGGGGGGCGAUAGAAUAAUGCUAGGGACUGCUGCUGCUGUAUCGCGUACAAACAUGCUGUGCCGUCCGAUCCCCUGUUGUUCCUCCGGAGUAGGCUGUACGCCCUAGAAGGGGUGGGGGGGUGGGCGGAACUCCGUUAUUUUUGCCGACGGCAUUGGAAGAGCACCGUCAAUUCUGGCAAUAAUGCGGGGGCUUAGGGACGAGGCUCAAAAUCGGUUUUUUGGUUUGCCUUAUCUCGCGCGGAAAUAAGGCAAAUGAGAGUGAGAAGGCGCGUUGACAGAUAUUUCAUUCCCAGUUCGAGAAACUGCUGGACAGAUACCUGUAUACCUGUUUUGCCCCUCGAGGAUGCCGGCUGCCACGUGGAGAAGCCUUUGUUGUGCCGCGUGUGUGUGUGUGUUGGUCCCAUCUACUGUAUUCUGGCGCCGGUUGCAGGCGUUUCGGCGUGUAUGCCGGAGUCACACAACAAGAGGAAGGUCACACAGAAGCUUUUUGUUCAUUUUUUUUUUUUUUUUGUCACCCCGCCUUUCCCCCUGCGGUUCUUGCCUUUGGUUUCUAUCGCGAGAUUGGUUCAGCCCUCCCUUUCUCUCGUCGACCGUGAAUGCGGUUGUAUUUUUUGUCGAGGGCGGCGGCGGUGGUACCUGAUCUCUUGUGGUGUUCCGUGUCCUGGGUGGGGUUACGAGAAGGAUCUGUGUUGUUCGCUGGAAGAAGUUUACUCCUUGAGAGUCCGUCAGAAACAGCAAUUGUUUGGGUGGGAAAGACAGUCAAGGGCGGUAAGAGGUACGAGGUGUGUGUGUGUGUGAAAUGUGUAGAAGCUAGGCGCCUUUUCGGCCAGACUCGAGUGGGGAGAGAGAAAGGGCGUCGUUAGAGCCCUGCUAGCAACAGAGCGUGUGCAGCGAGCGGCGGAAACAUAACACCGCCACCAUCCCCGUUCCUUGAAAUAGGGGAGCACGGCGGCAGUGUUUUGCUGGCAAAGGAAGGGAGUGUUGCCAAGAGAGCAAACGGAAAGAGAUCGUGAAAAAUUGUUGUUGUGGGCUCUGAAAGUGUUGCACCUGCUGUGUCUAGUUCCAUACCCCCCCCUCCCCCCCUGGUCCGGUGAGAACCCGGCGUGCUCCGUCCCGGCUUUGUAGGGAUGCGAGGU